AUCAGUCUUCCAUGUUUGUGCGGGGCAGACUGAACUGACGUGUGGAGCAACAAAACACUGCGGGCUUACGAUCUCAAAACAAAAACCUGAUUUACGCCGCAGUUUUCUGUUCCGAGAGCUCGACAACAUGUCCUUUAUCCGCGGUUACCCCGUCAUCGCCUGCUGCGUGCUGGUCGCUUUGGUUCUGGGUAUGGAAGAUGCCCCAGAUCGCGCUCCGGGAUCCCCGGCCCGUCUGUCGGAGUCAGACCCGGGGGUUAUGAAAGCAGUGAAAUUUGCCGAGGAACGAUAUAAUAUGGGAUCCAACGCGAUGCAUAUACGCCGUGUUAGCAAAAUCCUGUCGGCCAGCAAACAGCUGGUGAAAGGUAUUCGGUACAGUAUUAUGGUAGAGAUUGGAAGCACCCAGUGUAAGAAAUCCCUAGAGCUGAGCGCAGUGGACACCUGCGAAUUUUUCCCAGAGCCCCACAAACAGAAGACCGAGGUUUGUUUGUUUGAGGUUUGGGACAUUCCCUGGGAAAGUAAAUCCACCCCUAAACAGAAAUGCGAGCCUGCGGUUUCCAAGGAGCUCAAAAAGGUUGCAUCUGUAACCCUAACCCAUGGAAAACCCAUGAAGGAAUCUGUGGAGCUUUUGACCCAGUUUAAAAACUUUAUAAUUACAUACAACCGAACAUACAGCUCCAAGAAGGCAGAGAAGCGUUUGCGCAUUUUCCAGGAGAAUAUGAAAACGGCACAAACACUGCAAUCCCUGGAACAGGGGUCAGCUGAGUACGGGGUCACCAAGUUCAGUGACCUCACAGAGGAUGAGUUUAGAAUGAUGUACCUGAACCCAAUGCUGAGUCAGUGGAGUUUGAAGAAGGAGAUGAAGCCAGCGACCCCGUCCGGCAAGGCAGCUCCUGAUAGCUGGGACUGGAGGGACCACGGGGCGGUCAGUUCUGUGAAGAACCAGGGCAUGUGCGGCUCUUGCUGGGCAUUUUCUGUGACUGGAAACAUCGAGGGACAGUGGUUCAAGAAAACGGGAGAGCUGCUUUCCCUCUCCGAGCAGGAAUUAGUGGACUGUGAUAGGCUGGACCAGGCAUGUGGAGGUGGGCUGCCAUCUAAUGCGUAUGAAGCCAUCGAGAAGCUUGGAGGUCUUGAGACAGAAACAGACUACAGCUACACAGGACACAAGCAGAACUGUAAUUUCUCUACAGGGAAGGUGGCCGCCUACAUUAAUAACUCUGUUGAGCUGCCCAACGAUGAAAACGUCAUUGCUGCUUGGCUGGCUGAGAAUGGUCCAGUGUCUGCUGCCCUCAAUGCUUUUGCUAUGCAGUUUUAUAGAAAGGGAGUGUCUCAUCCUCUAAAAAUCUUCUGCAACCCCUGGAUGAUUGAUCAUGCUGUGCUGCUUGUGGGAUACGGACAACGUAAUGGCGUUCCAUUCUGGGCCAUCAAGAACAGCUGGGGAGAGGACUAUGGAGAGCAGGGUUACUAUUACCUGUACAGAGGAUCCAAACUGUGUGGAAUCAACAAGAUGUGCUCAUCUGCAAUUGUGAAUUAGAAGUGCACACACACACACAAACAUUUACAAACAGUAAUGAACAUGUGAUGAUCCUUUACAGAGGCUUUUCAUCAUGUUACCUGUGAACACAAUAGUGUAAAACACAUUCUGAACAUAUUUCAUCCAUAUAAGCACAUAAUUCUCCAUAGCUCAAAUAUGUGAAGUAUUUCUCUUGAGGUCAUGUGCUUUAGUCACCAGAAUAGCUGAAUUUAACAUACAUUACCUCAGAUCCUCAUGUUCAGUGAUGUAAUGGACACAGCAAAUAACCAAAUAGCGAAGGACAAGAUAACAGCACUCUGUUUACCAUGCUACUGAUACAAACAUUAGACGUGUUGUGAUUUUAGAUAAUUUAGUUAAAUAUUUUGCGCUUUACUUUAGUUGUGUUAUUCUGUAUUUAAUUAUAUAUCUUUUAAUUCCAAAAGCACUGAAUUGAGCUUGUGUCAUGUUCUCUUUUAACCCUGCUGAAUAGAUUAGCAAUUAACAAUUUUCAACAGUGGAUUGUAGACUUCCGAGUGCUUUUCAAAGAAUAUUUUUAGUCUUGGAAACGAGAUUUUGCACACUAUGAAUUUGCACAGUAUAUUGUGAUCAUUCCGUUUAUGUAAGCGUGGCUCUUUUGACCUCAUUUUCCUCGUUUAUGAGCAUAUUUGGAUGCAUGGGGAAAAAGUUGCUGAUGCUUUUUCCAAACACACACUGAAAGAUUUCUUUGAGGUUUUGUGUUAGAAAAGAUGAAUCUCUCAGCUGUAUCUCUAAUGCAUUAUCAAACAUGUAUUGCUGAAUAAACUCCCAAAUGUGUCCGUUGUGCUUCUUCAA